AUGUCAGACAAGUCGUUCCUCAGGAUUGAGUUUCUCGUCCUCUUCGUAGAAACCUUGUUAUUUGGGGUGUUCUGCGUUCUGUAUCCGAUCUCAAUAUGGAUCCUGGUAUAUCGACAACGUCGCAACCGGCGCCGCUCUACCCCAAGUUUCUGGAUGACAGCGGUCGUCACUACCAUGUUCCUCCUGGCUGGCACAUAUCUAUCGAUCGAUGUCAACCAUCUAUCGGCGGCUUUUGCAGACCACAGCAUGACGCCCGGCGGUCCUUUGGCUUACUUCGAACGUCCCGGGAACGACCCGUCUCGCUACGUUUCUUCCACCAUAUUUGCUUUGAUGACGGUCUUGGGUGAUGCGUUCAUGAUGUAUCGAAUUUAUGUGGUCUGGGAGCAGAAGUGGUUCUCUUUGAUCAUCCCCGGCCUCCUCCUCGCAGGCGAUCUAAUCACCACUUCUUUGGUAGCCGACCUCUUGCUUGGUGGUACGCCCUUGACCUAUGACCUCUCGUUCAUACUGGUCGGUCGCGCACGGUUCAUCGCCUACUUCGUUGUGGUGCUGUUGACCAAUAUAAUCAUGACUCUCCUACUUCUUGGUCGUCUUUGGUGGGACGACAGAAGAAUACGGCGACAUUGUCCUCGAGAUGCGUCCAACUCCGUACACUGGCGCGUUAUGAAGACCAUCGUGCAGUCGCAGUCUGUUUACUCCAUCGGGGUGGUCUUCAAUCUCGCCGCGUACGCCGCUCACUCCAAUCUUGUGCUCAUCACCAACGCAAUCCUCCCUCAACUGAUUGGUAUAUCAUUCACUCUGAUUAUCACUCGCAUCGGCCUAAGCGAGGUGCUGAACGUCACAUCCGACAACCGUCAGACGGACGCGACUACCAUCGAGUUCAGCGACCGAGGCCGGACGCCGCCGCCACCCAUUGCGGUUGACGUGUUUGUCUCACAAUCGACCUGUAGCGACGAGAUAGCCUCGCACGACGACAAGGCCCGGGCAGGGGAACCCCACGUCGACUUCACCGCAGAUCGCCAUAUGCCCGUGUUGCAGAAGGUGUAGACAAGACGCCAAUACCGUACUAAUCUUGCCGGACUUCAUUCCUUCGUACUGUGGCCGCAUCCGUCUC